AUGGAAACUACAACAGCGGCUAGUGAGCUGAAUCCACUUUUAGACUCAGAAGCGGUUGAAGAGUACGCGGCAGCUAUUGAUGACAGUGAAUCUGACGAGGAACUCGCUUGGAUUCAAGAGCAUUUGGAUAAUCAUAAGGAGACAUGCUGGCUCACCAGGCCAUCGAUGUUUCAGUUAUGUUUUGUCUUAAUUGCCAUUACGUUGGCAAUGUCCAUGGCUGAGGGUACCCGGAGAAUUGUUCUUUUCAAGUUGGCUUGCAAUUCUUCAUUAGAUUCAAAGGGGGUAUGCUCACCCGUGGAUACACAACUAAUAUUGUCAACAUACGAUCAAUAUGCUUCACUUGGAACCACCCUUUUGUCGUUUGUCGCGAUAUCUCAAUUCAGCUUGUCCGAUGUCUACGGGAGGAAGCCGUUUCUAGUGACGGGAAUUGUGUCAUUUACUGUUUCAAAUUGUCUCUUGUUUUACUUGUACCACUACGAAACAUUCAAAUUUAGCUGGUUGGUUGCUGCAUCUGUUGUGUCAGCUGCUGGUGGUGGCUAUGCGUUGAUCGCCACAAUAGUCAACACCUGUGUGAUAGACUUGAACGCAAAACCAUCGCAACGGGUUAACGCUUUAGCUCGGGUGGCUGCUUUUACCAAUGGGGGACAAUUCUUGGGGCCAAUCUUGGGGACUCGGUUGAGUGCUUGGGCAAAGACUGCAUAUGACACUCAUCCUGGUCAACAAAUUCAUAUAACGGGUAUCACUCAGAGCUCAAAAGUUUUGAAGAGUGAAUUUCUUCUUUUGAAGCUCGAGUUAGUUAUUGAAAUUGCUAUUUGCUUGUUUGUGGUGUUUAUUUUCAGCGAAACUCGUACCCCAAAAGCGUUGGCAAGAUCACGGGCCAAUUCAAUAGCAACUCGAAGUUCGUUGGAAGUUAGCGAGAGAAGUAUUAUUCAGCGAAUUGGCGCCGCUUUUGCUCCAUUGAGAGCGUUGCUUCAUGGAGCCGGCCGAGUUAGGUUUAUGGUUAUCUCUUUAACAUCGGUGAUUGUCCUUGAUCAAGUUUUGAUGAUUGGGUUCAGUCAAGUUAUAUUGAACUGGGUGGUUUUCAAGAUGGACUUUGAGGCUGAUGAUAUUUCAUACGUCAUUUCAAUCUUUUCAAUAUCUAGAGUCAUCAGUCUCCUUUUGUUGCUUCCAUUUUUUCAAAAGGUUCUUCAACGAUGGUUUAAAUACAAUGUCUUGAAAUCGCAAUUAGACAUGAUUGACUUGGUCUUGAUUGUUAUCGCGUUGGUUGUGGACAUUGGAGUGUUUGGGCUUUUGUAUCUUGCAAGGUCUAAAGCCGACGUGUACGCUGCAUUGUCAUUGUGGUCGUCUGCUUCUUGGACAGUUCCUGUUUUGAUUGCAACCGUGUUGAAAUACUUCCCCACAAGCAAGGUUGGAGAAUUUUACUCUGCUCAAGCUUUGCUCCUGAAUAUCCUCAUGGUGGUUGGCCCACUUAUGUUAAUGGACGUAUACAAGUGGUCAUUAAGGAACAACUGGGACAACUUUAUCUUUUUAGUUUGUGGAAUUCUUAUGGCCAUGUUCAUUGCAGUCAUGUUAACUGGCAAGGCAGUGUCGAGAUUAACGAGCAGCACCAAAGAGGAGGAGGAGAGAGCGGUUAGAAGAACUACGUCAGUGAAUUUUGUGGGUGCUGCAGAGGAUAUUUAG